AUGCCCCCCAAGGCGACCCCGAGCGUGUCACCCGAGGCCGCUGCGCAGAUCGAGCUCUUCAAGUCCAUUGGACUGACCCAGGCGAAGGCUGCAGAAGCCGCAAAGAGCCCAAAGAGCGCAGGGAUAUUGACCGAGUUGAUCGAGAAACAUGAUUUAGUAAAUAAGGAGUUAGAAGAAAAGCAGGCGGGUCUCGUAGCGGCGCUCGCUGUUCAAGGCGGGAAGGUCGGGGAAGCAGAGAGGGGCUAUGUGCUCGGUGCGGUUCUGGAUGGACGACUGAAGAGCGUUGAUCAGGUGAACGCUGCUACGAAAUAUCUCGAAUCGCAUCCGCUCCCCGUGGACACCAAGGCCUUCGAUGAACAAUGCGGCGUUGGCUUCAGCAUCACGCCCGAGGAGCUGUAUACAAAAGCCUUGGAGUACAUCAAGACCAAUGCGGUGUCGGGGUGGGCGAACCUCGGUGCCGUCAUCGGCAACUUGAAAACCUCUCCGGAGCUUCGAUGGGCAAACCCUCUCGAGCUGAAGAACACCGUGGAGCGCGCCUUCUCAGAGUCAUUCGGCGCAAAAGAAGCCGCAAAGCCCAAAGCCAAGGUCAGUGCAUUUAAGGACAGCGUACCCAAAGCUAAAACGGCAGAUUCCUCAGCAGGCUCGGCUUCCACGAGCACCAAGGUCGUCUUCGAGGAGGGUUUCCUCGGAAAGCUCCACAAGCCGGGCGAGAAUCCACAGAUUAACGCUGGGCUUCGUGAUGCCCACCUCGCUGCCACGGGUGGACUCGUCUACACACGCUUCCCUCCAGAACCCAAUGGGUUCCUACACAUCGGUCACUCCAAGGCUAUUUUCGUCAGCUUUGGGUACGCCGCGCAUCAUGGGGGGAAAUGUUACUUGCGAUACGACGAUACCAAUCCCGAAGCCGAGGAGGGGCGAUACUUCGAGAGCAUCUUGGAAAUGGUGCGAUGGCUGGGAUACGAACCCUGGAAGAUCACGUAUUCGAGCGAUUACUUCGAUCGGCUCUACGAGUUGGCGGUGGAGCUUAUUCGGCGGGAUAAAGCAUACAUCUGCCAUUGUACAGGCGAGGAGAUCCACGCGCAUCGUGGUGGGGACGAUGGAGGUCCACGAACUGCUUGCAAGCAUCGCACAAGGCCCGUUUCCGAGUCCCUGCAGGAGUUUGAGAACAUGAAAAACGGGAAUUACAAGCCCGGAGAGGCGAUCCUUCGCAUGAAGCAGAAUUUAGAGGACGGGAACCCGCAGAUGUGGGACCUCAUCGCAUACCGGGUUUUGCUCGCUCACCAUCAUCGGACGGGGGACAAGUGGAAGAUAUAUCCCACGUAUGACUUCACGCACUGCUUGGUCGAUAGCUUCGAGAACAUCUCACAUUCGCUCUGCACAACUGAGUUUAUCGCAUCACGGGUCUCCUACGAAUGGCUUUGCGACGCGGUAGAAGUCUACAAACCAAGACAGUCGGAGUUCGGUCGACUGAAUCUUCAGGGCUCUGUUAUGUCGAAGCGCAAAAUCCUCGCCCUCGUCAACGAGGGUUACGUGCUCGACUGGGACGACCCUCGCUUGUACACCCUAAUUGCCCUUCGGAGACGUGGCGUGCCCCCUGGGGCUAUCACUUCUUUCGUCAGCUCUCUUGGGGUCUCUACCGCGCCUUCGAACAUCCAGCUCGCUCGGUUCGACCAGUCCGUUCGUCAGUAUCUCGAGAAUACCGCGCCCCGGCUCCUCAUGGUACUACGUCCUCUGAAAGUGACGAUCGAGAAUUUGCCAGAGGGUUAUGCCCUCAUGGUCGAGAAGCCUUUGCACCCGAAAGUUCCAGAACUGGGGACAACGACGAUUCCGUUCACGCGCACCGUGUACAUCGAUGAGGACGAUUUCCGCGUUCAGGAUUCUCCAGACUACUUCCGUCUCGCGCCUGGAAAGACCGUCGGCCUCUUCCAGGCCCCUCAUCCGAUCACUUGUACCUCGUACAAGACGGACCCUUCGACCGGGGCUGUCACCGAGUUGAUUUGCAAGCUCGAGGAUGGUAAGGACGGUGCGGCGGUGAAGAAGCCGAAGGCGUUCAUUCAGUGGGUUGCGGAGCACGCACCCAGCGGAAGCCCAGUCCGCGUCGACGAGACCCGCAUCUUCCACCGGCUAUUCAAGAGCGACAACCCGCUCGCUGCUGUGCCGGACUUCAAGGCGGAUGUGGAUCCCAACAGCCUGGAAAUCGUGAAGGGUGCAAUGAUCGAGAGUGGGUUCUGGACCUUGGCAAAACGAGCAUACGCAGCUGCGAAGAAAGAAAGCGUGGAGCGGACGGAGAAGGCGCUGGAGGAGAAUCCCGGCGCAAGUGGUGGGGAUGCCGCACACCGUGGGGAUACACCGGUGGCGACGAGCGAGCAGCUGGUGGGGAAUGAGUGCGUGAGGUUCCAAGGCUUGCGUGUGGCAUAUUUCGCGCUCGAUAAGGACGCGAGAGCGGCGUGCCUCGACGAACCGGGUGCGAGUUCCCCUGGACGAAGGCAGGGUGACUACAUUGUGUUAAAUAGGAUCGUCAGCCUGAAGGAGGAUUCGGGUAAGACAGCAUGA